CUGUGGAGGCAAGUGGGACUAGCCUAUGGCUACCGCGCGUGCUGAGGGAGAGGAGAGGAAGGUAUCGAGUAAGGGAAGCCCUGUGGACCAAUAAAGCGGAGUCCUUACGACAGGUCACACGCAGCUGUAUUUUCUGGACGCGGAGCCGGCUCCUUCUCUCACGCAGGCCGCUUAAGGCGUCGCGAGGGCGACGCGUGGCGCAAGAUCACUCGCACUCGCGGGCACUGCGGGCUGACGAGGAAUCGCGAGCGACGGAACGAAAGCACUGGCACGCACUAGUUCGUAACGUCGAUAGCGGAACGCACAAGGGUGGGCAGCAAGGAACACUCACGAGAACGUCGUGUUGUCCAGAGUCCGAGAAGGAAGAGAGCAGGCCGGGACGCUUCGAAAACAAAACACGAUCGCGCCACAGAGCACGUGGUUGGCCGUCGUUGAUCGCGUGACACCGCGUGGUUCCGGCGAUGUGCGCGACGCGCCGGAAAAGCCGGGUGGCGCUGUAGCAGGUCAGAAGACCGGGCGCGGUUGCAGAACUUGUUUUCUCAUAUGUAAGGCCGCUCUGAUCGGUGGCGCCGCCGGUGACGGCGCGCGAGGCUCGACCGCCACAGAUCUACAGAAUUAAUUUAAUGUCAGCAUAAGAGUCGAGCAUAAGAAACUUCCAACAGUUAUAAACUAAAAGUUCUGCUGAAUGUGGCCAUUGUGACUGCAAAUCGAUGCACACGUGUGACAGGACAAUUACAUUGCAUUUUGUGUCGUUGCAGAUUGUUUAUUCAUGAGGUUAUUAUUGGUACCGUCAUUCCGUUCUAUGCUACGUGCAUUUGCUAUGCUCGUUUUCAGAGAUCACCUUCAGCUGCUAUUAACGGCGCGAAAAUAUAACACUGCAGUGGUGCAAAGUUCUUCGAUGACAACAUACGAAUAUACGUUGCGCAACUCUUGCAAGAUUCCGUGGCACAUGAACAUUGCACUACCAUGAGCAAUCCUGGAUUAAAGGUUGAGGUGGUGCUCUCACCAUCGAAUCGAAAGUCCUGCAUUGAGAAACUCAAGUCCUUCCAUUUUCCAACAGUACAGAAACCUGUUCCAGAAGCUGCUGUUUUAGUCCCAUUAUGUAUACAUAAUGGAGAACUUGGUCUCUUGUACACAUUAAGAUCUAUGAAGCUCUCGACCAAUCGAGGAGAGGUUUCUUUUCCCGGUGGUAAACGAGACAAGGAGGAUGUUGAUCUGAUAGAAACUGCGCUGCGGGAAACCUGGGAGGAGUUGAAGAUCCCUAAAGACAAGAUCGACGUGUGGACCGAAGGAAGCAUGAUCGGGAAGACCACCGUCAACGUCAUGCCUGUGCUGGCUUAUGUCGGUGAAAUUGUGGUGGAAAAUUUGGAGAUAAACCGCGACGAAGUAGAGGAAGCGUUCGUGAUUAGUCUGCAGAAACUCUGUGAUCCUAAGUUUUUUAAUUACACUACUUAUAGAAACAAUCUGAUGUUGCCAAAUUUUCUGGGUGGCAAGCAUCGUGUUUGGGGAUUCACUGGCGCAAUCACUCACGUAGUACUCCAAUGCUUGAUACCAAAGGCUUAUCAAAACGUGCUCUACUUCUUGCCGAAGAACACAAAGAAUCCGAAUAUAUCAGAUAUCGACGCCGAAAAUAAGUCGACCAACAAGAAAAAUACUCUGUCAAAGAUAUGAAAGCAAAAAACGAAGAUUAGGAAGAAAAUGGACGAAAGGUUUUCUACAUUCACUUGAGCUAAUAGGAAUUGUCCAUAAUGGUCGAGAAAAGAUAUUUUUCUUAAAAUAUUGAACAUUUUAUACUCUUGAGAAACUACGUCAAUUUGAAAUCUACUUAGACCGUAUUCCGUUACUUGUUAUUCGUUAUUUACAUUAUUGCAGUGAAUAACGGAACAGAAUCUUCAAUUGUUUAAUUCGAUAUAGCGAAAUACCAGCGGUUAUACUAAUUAAAUUUAUAUUAAUCAGUCUUAAUUCUGUCCGCUCAAUAUAUGGAUAAUGGUAAUGGAUAUGGUAUGGUAUGGUAUGGUAUGGAUAUGGUAAUAUAUGGAUAAUGUACAAAAGAAUACGUUGGUUUGUAGGUGUUGUAGGUUUUUUUGAGAAAAUUUAUAGCGGAUUGUACUUGUAUUUUAAUUGUUAUAUACAUAUACAAGUAGAUUAUCUAUGAUUAUAACUGUUAUAGUUAUUAGAAUUACAAAUUAAUCAUGAAUAUAUUGUUUUUAACGUUACAACGAAAGCCUGAUAGGAAAAAUUGUCUAUAGAUGUACAUGAAUUAAUUUCUUUUCUCUUUGUUUUUUAACAUGAGCAUUGUUUAUUUAAUUUGUUUAUUUAAUAGGUAAUAAAUAGCACUUGAAAUAGCACUUGAAAUAUAUUUUAUAGUGUCUUUCACAAUAUACGACGAGUUGUAACUUGAGCAAGAAUAAUGAUAAUGAGAUGAUUCGAGAAAAGCUUCACGGCGUGAAGCUUUUAGUUUUCAUUCACAUAUUCGAAUAUGUGAUUUAUUUAUCUUUACAUUGUUACACGAACAUAAAAAUCAAAUGUCAGAAUGAUCGAUAAAGUUUGUUGAGUUGUACCUGAAUGAAAAAUAAUAAAUAUGACUUAGAACGUCUGAAAGCGUGAACUCCUUCUUUUUAAUUCGCACACCUGCAGAUUUCGAUACUAUAUUUUUUCACCGAGUGAGCAUUGAAGUAAAAUUGCGCUUUCGAUUUUGAUCGCUCGCAGAAAACGAACAAAUCUAUGUACGACGUUCGCUAGUAAAUGAGUAAAAAUUUUGAUGUUUUCAACAGAGGUAACAGUCACAUUUUUUACAUAAAUAAUUUUUCAAUAUAAAAAUUGAACUGAAAGAUGAGAUUGAAAAUUAAAUAAUAGUCAUUUCUUAUUUACUUCGAUAUACUUUAAUUAAAAACGACAGCAUCAUCAUGUAAUGUACAUAUCUAAAAGUAGAGACUUCAAACUGUAAAAUGUUUCUCGAAUCAUCUUGUUAUCAUUAUUAUUGCGGAAGUUACAGCCUGUUCAACUUUGCGUGCUUUUUAUGGCAAUAAAGGUGCGGCUAAGAAGCCAUCAAGUCGCACUAGUUAAAAAUAAAAGUACCUCUGAUUGAUCAUUGAAUAAUAUCACUUCGUUCUUUUUAUUAGAUGUACAAAUAUGACUUUAGGAAUAUUCAAUAGAUGGCGAAAGUCAUACUACUGGCAUUAUGUUAAAGUUGGCAAUACAUGUAUUUGAAAG